UGAAACAUAUCCGCGCGCCGCGGAAAUAUAUUUGUAGCAGUCAUAACGAACCAAACCUCGAGAUUUUACUCGGAGCUUGUCUUAAAGAAGUUACAUUUCGGUGGCUCUCCCGUUCUCCGCCGCCGCUCCCUUGCCCGACCUAAGGGGAAGGCCUAGUUAGAUUUUUAAUUUUACGCCGUCUACACGCGCGCAAUGUGUUUGCCAUCUCCGCUUUGAACCCCGUUGUAUGAGACUCGCUCUCUACCCGAGCGGUGUGAGACCGAUAGCCGGCGGUGCCCGGGUGAACAAGGCCCUUUUGUUAAGUAGAUCUACCGAGAUUUUAGUGCGAUUGGUCCCCUCUGAUUAUUUGUUUCGAUCUCGGUUGACUCAUCGCGGGCUACUGCUAUAUUAUACAUAGGGUAGCUGGCGAUCUGGAGGAAGAGUAAAUAUAUACGGUAUCUAUUCGUGAGGUAUCUUAAGGAUUCCAUUUAAUCUAUUUAUUCGUCUUAAGAUGAGUUCGGCAUACAAGGAUUUUACAGCAAGACAAAGAAAAUCCUGCUUUAUACCGAUCGAUACGUCAAUUAACCGCUCGCGAUAAUGCCGCCUCCUUCGUCGCCUAGUUCCAGCGAAGGCGAGCUCCCGGUGGACGUCGAGAAGCAGGCGAUCCCUAUUCCUGCGGGAACUGAAGGUUCUAGCCAGUGUAAACAGGAUGAAGAAAUAAAUAUUGAUAGUCCUGCUGAGGGGGCGGACGACUGGCAAAUUCAGCCUGAGCCCGAUAUCCUUAACCCGGAUGCCGAUGGCAUGGCCGGAGCCGUAAGCCGGGUGCUGAGUAGGAUCUCGACGAAAUCGAGCUGGAACCCUGGUCCGCCGCCGGAUGGUGGCAAAGUCGCGUGGCUCGCAUGUCUCUGCGGGCACUUCGCCAUCAUGAAUACAUGGGGCUUUAUCAACUCGUUUGGCGUGUUCCAGGCGUACUACGUAGCGCAGCUCGGGCGCCCGCCCUCGGAUAUAUCAUGGAUCGGCUCCAUCCAGGUAUUCCUAACCUUCUUUAUUGGUACCUUCACCGGCCGCUUCACCGACGCUGGGUUCUUCCGCCCCGUGUCUGUCUGCGGCAUCGUGUUCAUGACCCUCGGCAUCUUCACUACUUCCGUCGCGACGCAGUACUGGCAGCUCAUCCUUUCGCAAGGCUUGUGCAUGGGCAUUGGUAGCGGGUGUGUCUUUUGUCCGUUCAUUUCCACCGUGUCGACUUACUUUAGCAAGAAACGCUCCCUCGCUAUCGGUCUCGCGGCUAGUGGCUCUGUGACCGGCGGCUUGGUCUUCCCAGCCAUGGCACGCCAGUUGCUCCCGACCGUCGGCUUUGGAUGGGCCGUCCGCGCUAUCGGAUUCGUGCAGCUGACCACGCUGAUAUUCGCCGUGACCUUUAUGAAAUCGCGGCUGCCGCCCCGGCGCACAGGUAGCUUGGUCGAAUGGGCGGCAUUCCGCGAGCCCGAGUACACGCUCUACGCCAUCGGCAUGUUCUUCAACUUCUGGGGCGUGUACUUCGGCUUCUACUACCUAGCGGCCUUCAGCCGGUCCGAAAUCACACCCUCGCUGGACUACACGGACUCGCUCAACUUGCUGCUCAUACUAAACGGCGUGGGCAUUCUAGGCCGCGUCCUACCAAACCAUCUCGCGGACCGGUUCGGGCCGCUCAACCUCAUGAUCCCGGCGUGCGUGGGGUGCGGAAUUGCGGUGCUCGCUUGGAUGGCGGUGCACACGCCAUCCCAGCUGUACGGGUGGGCGGUCGCGUACGGGAUCGUGGCGGGCGCGAUACAGAGCCUGUUCCCCGCGGGGCUGGGCAGCCUGACGACGGACCUGCGCAAGCAGGGGACGCGCAUGGGGAUGGCGUUUACGAUUGUGAGUUUUGCGGUUCUCACGGGGAAUCCGAUUGCGGGAGCGAUUAUUGGGAGUAUGGGUGGACGGUACGAGGGCGCGCAGGGGUUCACGGGGGCGAGUCUGCUCGUGGGUGCUAUGCUCUUGUCUAGUGCGCGGAUUGUGAGGAUGAGGAGGACGGGGAGGGGGUGGAGGACUAAGAUUUAGGGUUUGAUGGAUGGGGUUUGACUGCUUCUUUAAGCUGAGGUAUGUAAGGUGGGUGUGAUGCGUCUAUGCGUGAAGUGCUACGGGGAGAGGUAUGGGUUGGAGAUGAGGGAAUGUUAUGUGGUGGAUGGAGAUACGGUAUAUGAUGAUGAUGAUGAUGAUGAUGAUGAUGAUGAUGAUGAUGAUGAUGAUGAUGAUGAUGAGAGUCUCAUUAUGAGACUAAGG